CCUUUUGAUAAUUUGAAUGAUCUCACACUAUUUGUUAGAUAUAGGUAUUUAAAAAAAAAAAACCUCUCCUUCCGUCACUGCGGCCGCAGCCAUGAGUAUGCUCAGGCUUCAGGAGAGGCUUGGCUCCAGUGUCCUCCACUGUGGCAAAAAGAAAGUCUGGUUGGACCCCAAUGAGACUAAUGAAAUCGCCAAUGCCAACUCUGGUCAGCAGAUCCGGAAACUGAUCAAAGAUGGGCUGAUCAUCCAGAAGCCUGUGACGGUCCAUUCCCGGGCUCGAUGCUGGAAAAACACCUUGGCCCGUCAGAAGGGCAGGCAUAUGGGCAUAGGUAAGCGAAAGGGUACUGCCAAUGCUCGAAUGACCGAGAAGGUAACCUGGAUGAGGAGGAUGAGAAUUCUGCACCGGCUGCUCAGAAGGUACCGUGAAUCGAAGAAGAUUGACCGCCACAUGUAUCACAGCCUGUACCUGAAAGUGAAGGGUAACCUGUUCAAAAACAAGCGGAUUCUCAUGGAGCAUAUCCACAAGCUGAAGGCAGACAAGGCUCGCAAGAAGCUUCUGGCGGACCAGGCUGAGGCCCGCAGGUCUAAGACCAAGGAAGCCCGCAAGCGCCGUGAAGAGCGGCUCCAGGCCAAGAAGGAGGAAAUCAUCAAGACUCUGUCCAAGGAGGAAGAGACCAAGAAAUAAAGUUCUCUCCCUCUUCUCUGUACAUAGUGCCCACAGCAAAUUGCAUAGAUCACUCAAUAAAAAACAAGCCUUUGUCCGCCUAAAAAAAAAAAAAAACCUAUGCGUUCUAUGCAUGGACCCCUGGGGUACAUCUGAUCAUCCUUUAUACUAGGUUCUAUAGUAUUAUACCUUUUUCGGCGUAAAUUAAUAACUUAAUAUCCAUUCAAAAGUCUUCCAUUCUUCAAAUGGUGGUGAGAUGUAAAUCUUAAUCCUUGAAAGUUUCUCAGACAAUAUUCUAAAAAAUGUUUGAAAAUCAGAAUAAUUUCCUUUAAUU